UUGAGAGAAAGUAAAUCUUUUUACCAUUUACUAGGUUAGUUUUCUGGACUAAGAAAGAGUGAAAGAGCCUUGAAAUGUCUUUCCACCGUGAAAAGCACAGAAAGAAACAGAGUAAGGCAAUUAAUAGCUCUCGUCUCAGUUGUAGGGAGAGAGAGAGGGGGUGGAGAGGGAGAGAGAGUGGUCCAGUUUUUCAUCGCACACUAAACAGCACAGAUUUUUAUAUACUAAUCCCAACAAACUUCUCUCUCCACCCUUAUCUAAUCUCUCUCUCUGUGAGUGAAGAACGAGAAAAACUGAUAGAAAGUUCAUCAGCUUUGGCACCAAAGACUGCAUCUUUACGGACAGACAGUACCAUCUUCCCUCACCAAGACAUCAUUUUCCGGGAAAAUGUACUGACUCUCUUCCAUUUUCCGGGGAAAUUCGCCAAAACGAAUUGUGGGUUGUGCUUAAAAUUCCUUCUCCAACAAUGGGUAAUCGAUUUAUUUGCAUGUUAAAGAAGGACACCAAAGAAACUGGAUCGAGAAGCAAGAGAAUGAGUCGCUCGCAGAGGAAACUGGCGGCGGAGGAAGACUUGUUGCACAGGCAAGCUCUGUCUAGGGUUCUCCAUCAGCACCAAAUGUCUCAGAGGUUUGACGGAUCCAUGUCUAGGAGGGUUGGGGGGUCCACAAGCUCCAGGAGACUCGCUCUCUCUGAUCCAUUAUCUAAUGGGAAGCAGGGACCGGAAUUUUUGGAGAAGCUUACAUCAAAAAAGUUUAUUCUUGUACAUGGAGAAGGAUUUGGGGCAUGGUGUUGGUACAAAACAAUUGCUUUACUAGAGGAAGCAGGAUUGCUUCCGAUCAUUGAUCUCAAGGGUUCUGGUAUUGAUCUCACAGAUACGAACUCUGUAACUACACUGGAAGAGUAUUCAAAGCCAUUGAUUGACAAUCUACAAAAUCUUCCAGAGGAUGAAAAGGUCAUCUUAGUUGGUCACAGUAGUGGGGGUGCCUGCGUAUCUUAUGCAAUGGAGCACUUCUCGCAGAAAAUUUCAAAAGCAGUUUUCAUCUGUGCUACUAUGGUGUCUGAUGGGCAGAGACCUUUUGAUGUGUUUGCUGCAGAGCUUGGUUCCGCAGAACAAUUUAUGCAAGGAUCAAAGUUUUUGAUUCAUGGGAAUGGGAAAGAAAAGCCUCCUACAGGAUUCAUGUUUGAGAAAGAGCAGAUGAAAGGGUUAUACUUCAACCAAUCUAAUGCGAAGGAUGUUGCUCUGGCCAUGGUUUCCAUGAGACCUAUCCCACUAGGUCCGAUCAUGGAAAAACUGUCAUUGACACCUGAAAAUUAUGGUUCUAGCCGGCGAUUCUUCAUUCAAACAUUGGAUGAUCGGGCGCUUUCAUCAGACGUCCAAGAAAAGCUAGUGAGGGAGAACCCACCGGAGGGAGUGUACAGGAUAAAAGGGAGUGACCACUGCCCGUUCUUCUCAAAGCCGCAAUCAUUGCACAAAAUGUUGUUGGAAAUUGCUCAAAUUCCAUAGCUUCUUCAUAAAAUUCACAAAUGGGAUUUCCUUUAAUUUUACAUUCCAGUUACAGAACAAAACAUAGAUGAUUGCGUAGUUCUCCGGCGUGGAAGGCCACGGUUGUAUGUAGAACACGGUUGGUCGAGUUGUCCAAUUUCUUUUUAAUUAGCAUAUAGAUGAAAUGAUAUUCUCUGGUUUA